CUGGACUCGCUUUAUAUCUGACCAGUGAGCAGGGAGGACUGCCUCUGAGAUGUUGGGAGCAACUUCAGAGUCCCAGUGUCUCUCAUAGCAGCUGAGUCAGACUGCUAACCAGCACAGAAUUGGGACUUGGUGCAAUCCAGGACGCUUAGGGCGGCACUUCGAAGCCCACUCCACUGACUGUAAAAGCCUGGGUACCUUUGGUCUCCAUCCUGGAUUCUGGAACAGGCCUGAGCUUCAAAGCAUCCAAGGUUGCCCACAGAACAAUAAGGAAACUGGAAGUUCUUUAGGCCAAGAUGGACAGUCAAGACACUAAGCAAAAUGGCUAUACAGAGGUCCGUGGACCUGUGGCUGGUAUAUUUCUGGAAAAGACAAAAGAUAAAAUAACAAUAUACCAAGCCAUGAAAAAACGUCUGCUUAAGCCAGGAACAGCAUUAGCUCUGCUUGAAGCACAAGCUGCCACAGUGGGCAUCAUAGACCCAAUAAACAACAAAAUAUUUCCUGUUGUGGAUGCUGUUAAAGAGGGAAUAGUUGGACCAGAGAUGAGAGAGAAACUUCUCACAGCAGAGAAAGCCAUCAGUGGCUAUGUAGACCCCUACACCAACCAAAUGAUAUCUGUAUUCCAAGCUAUGCAAAAAGAUGUAAUCCCAAGAGAUUAUGGAUUGAGGCUCCUGGAAGCACAGAUAGCCACACAAGGCCUGUUUGAUCCCACUGAAAAGAAAAGCCUUUCGGUUGAAUCAGCAAUUCAAAAGGGCUACUAUGAGAAAGGUUUACUCAAUGACCAGAUGUCAGAGCUGAAAGUGUAUUACAACCCAAGUUCCCAAGAAAAUCUCAACUACCAAAACCUCCUAGAGAAAUGCACUGUGGAGCAUGACACAGGCCUGUUGCUCCUUCCUGUAUGCAUCACCUUCAAAGGUCUGCGAAGAGGGAUUUCCUCCACUGAACUCUUUGAAUCAAAGAUUAUUGACAAAGAAAUAUUUGAUGACCUACAGCAGGGAAAGACCACAACCCAGGAUGUGCUGUUGAUGGAAACAGUGAAAGAAUACUUGGAGGGCAAAGGCAGUAUAGCAGGCAUUGCUGUACUCUCAUCCAAUGAGAGAAUGAGCAUUUAUCAAGCCAUGAAACAAAGGAUACUGAUGCCUGGAACAGCACUGGUUUUACUGGAAGCACAAGCGGCAACUGGAUUUAUGAUUGAUCCUGUAGAAAAUAAGAAGUUCACUGUGGAUGAGGCCAUCAAAAACAAUCUCGUUGGCCCAGAAUAUCAUGCAAAGCUGCGUUCUGCUGAGAGAGCAGUAACUGGAUACAAAGACCCAUACACAGGAGAAACUAUAUCCCUGUUUCAAGCACUGACAAAAGAACUCAUCGUUAAGGAGCAUGGGAUCCGCCUACUUGAGGCACAAAUUGCUACAGGUGGAAUAAUAGACCCGAUCAACAGUCACAGACUUCCCACAGAAGUGGCCUUCAAAAGAGGUUAUUUUGAUGAAAAAAUGAAUGCCAUACUAGAAGACUCAGGAGAUGACACAAAGGGGUUUUUUGACCCAAACACAGAGGAAAAUCUCACCUAUCUUCAGCUGAUGGAAAGGUGCGUCACUGAUCCAGUCACUGGACUGUGCCUUCUCCCACUCCUUGGUAAGUCAGAUGGGCUUAAUUUCAACUUCAUUGACUACCAAACUAAAAUGGCCUUCAAAGAAGAGAAGGUGAAAGUGACAUGUGGGAAGUACAUGGGAAUGACAGUAUCUCUGUGGGAAUUGCUGAUGUCAGAAUACUUUGACGAACAGCAGAGGCAAGACAUCAUUCAGAAGUAUAGACAGGGGAAGCUCAAUAUCAAGAUGAUCAUUACAACAGUUAUGGAAAUCAUAGAAAAAUCUGUGAAAACAACUAAAGUUGUCUUUGAAGGAAUCAGAGAAACUGUCACAGCCACACAGCUUGUCGAGGCAGAUAUCAUAACUAAAGACGUCCUGGAGGAUCUUGAAAAAGGAAAAAAGUCAGUGAAAGAUGUGAUAGAAGAUGAAAAUGUAAAUGUGUUCCUACAGGGGAAAGACAGCAUUGCAGGUAUUCUUCUUCCUGAUUCUCAAAUCAUGACCAUCUACCAGGCCAAACAGAAAGGAAAGCUGAUGCCAGGAACUGCUCUGAUUCUGCUAGAGGCACAGGCAGCAACAGGAUUCAUUAUUGACCCUAUUGGAAACAGAAAAUUUUCAGUGGAUGAUGCUGUCAAAGCAAAGAUUGUGGGGGCUGAUAUCUGUCAGAAACUACGCUCAGCAGAGAAAGCAGUCACUGGGUACAAAGAUCCAUAUGAUGGCAAAAUAAUCUCUUUGUUCCAAGCAAUGCAAAAAGAUCUCAUCCUAAAAGACCAUGGUAUUCGACUCCUGGAGGCACAAAUUGCCACUGGUGGGAUCAUUGACCCAGUGAACAGCCAUCGGAUUCCUGUCCAUGUGGCCUACAAGAGGGGUUACUUCAAUGAGGAAAUGAAUCAGAUCCUGAGUGAUCCAAGUGAUGACACCAAAGGGUUUUUUGACCCCAACACCCAAGAGAACCUGACGUACUUGCAGCUCAUGGAGAGAUGUGUCAAAGAUCCCAGUACAGGUCUGUGUCUCUUGCCACUCAAAAGCAAAAGCAAAAAAAUUAACAUUGAUGAUACUCUUCGAGAAGCGUUCAAAACAACAGUCUGUGUUAAGUAUGGAAGGUUCAAGGGAAAACACACAACACUGUGGGAUCUUAUCAAUUCAGAGUAUCUGUCUGAGGAUAAACGACAGGAGUUUUUCAGGCUCUUCAGGUCAAGGAAAAUCACAAUUGAGCAACUCAUCUUCACCAUUGUAGAGAUCAUUGAGAAAAAGGAGAUAAAACAACAAGCAGGAUUGAACUUUGAAAGUCUCAGAGGAGAGGUCUCUGUUAUGGAUCUUCGGGAACUUGAAAUUGUGGAUGAAAAAACAUAUAACAGUUUGCUUGAGGGACAGCUGACAAGCACUGAUGUGAUGAAAAUGGAUAGGGUGAGAAACUACCUACAAGGAAAAAGUUGUGUAGCCGGGGUGAUACUGCAACCCUCCAAUCAGAAGCUAAGCAUCUAUGAGGCACAGAGAAUUGGUAUUCUCACACCUGGCACUGCCCUUUGCCUUCUUGAAGCACAGGCAGCCACAGGGUUUAUUGUUGAUCCAGUGAAAAACAAAAAACUUACAGUGGAAGAAGCUCUCAGAGAAAAGGUAAUUGGUCCACAGAUGUAUGAAAAGCUUUUAUCUGCAGAGAGGGCUGUCACUGGUUACAAAGAUCCUUACACUGAUCAAAAGAUUUCCCUUUUCCAAGCUUUGCAAAAGGAUCUCAUUGUCAAGCAACAUGGGAUUCGUUUACUUGAGGCCCAGAUUGCAACAGGUGGUAUCAUUGAUCCCUUGAAGUGUCUUCACCUACCCCUUGAGGUUGCUUACAGGAAAGGAUAUUUUGAUGAAGAACUCAAUCAAAUCCUGACAGACCCAACUGAUGACACGAAGGGCUUUUUCGACCCAAAGACACAAGAAAAUCUGACAUACUUGGAGAUGCUGGGCAGAUGUGUAAAAGAUAAGGAAACAGGAUUGUGUCUCCUGCCACUGAAUGACACACCAAAAGCAACUGGGACAAAGACAAAAAUAUACACUGACACAGAAAUAAAGAAAGAAUUUGAAAAGACAGCUGUGAACAUAUCGGUAGGAAGCUACUCAGGAAAAUCUGUUUCUCUAUGGGACCUCAUUCACUCUAGGUACUUCACUGAAGAACAGCAGCUUGAGUUCAUUGAAAAAUACAGAACAAAGAAGAUUACCAUACAAACCUUGAUCACACUAGUGAUUUCCACCAUUGAAAAACUGGAGAAGAGUGAAACUCUCAAAAUGAUAAUGGGCCUGAGAAAGCCUGUGUCAGCACAACAACUGUUGGACUCUGAUAUUAUUGAUGCAGGUACAUUCAAACAGGUGAAAGAAGGAAAACUCACCUUAGAAGAAGUAACCCAACGUGAAACAGUGAGAAGAUACCUGAAGGGAACUGGGAGCAUUGCUGGCAUUAAGGUUCAUCCCUCCCAGAAAGUCAUGAGCAUAUAUGAGGCAAAAAAGGAAAACCUGUUGACACCUGGCAUUGCACUUCUACUGCUUGAAGCACAAGCUGCAACAGGGUGGGUGAUUGAUCCUCUCAAAAACAAGUUCUGUUCUGCUGAUGAGGCAGCAAGAGAGAAGGUAAUUGGACCAGAUGUACAUGAGCACCUUCUUUCAGCUGAACGAGCCGUAACUGGCUAUAAAGAUCCAUAUACAGAUGCAACAAUAUCACUGUUUGAAGCUGUGAAUGAACAGCUGAUUCAGAGAAGUGAUGGCAUCCGUCUUCUAGAGGCACAGAUAGCAACUGGAGGAAUCAUUGACCCAAAUCAAAGUCACAGGCUACCUGUCCACAUUGCUAUUAAAAAGGGAUAUCUCGAUGAAGAGAUGAGCAAAAUUCUGAUGAACCCCACUGAUGAUGCAAAGGGAUUCUUUGACCCAAAUACCAAAGAAAACCUCUCUUAUCUUCAGCUGGUAAAGCAAUGUGAGAAAGAUCCUGAAACUGGGCUACUUCUUUUACCUCUGUAUAAAGAGGAAUCUUAUGUAUUCCACACAGAUGAGCAAAUAGAGCUUGCAUUCAAAAACAAAACUAUUACCAUAAAUGCAGGAAAAUUUAAAAACAAAGAGGUAACCUUGUGGGAAGUACUGCUCUCUGAAUACAUAUCAGAACAAAAAAGGAAGCAGCUCAUAGAACAAUACAGGACAGGAGCCAUGAAAAUAGAGGAGAUCAUUGAAAUACUCACAGUUAUCAUUACAGAGGUAACAUCCAAAGAAAAGAGGUUCAAAGGACUAAGGAAGCAGGUCUCAGCCAGUGAGUUGUAUGAGUCAAAGAUAAUCUCAAAGGAGCUUUUUACACAGAUUGUACAAGGAGAGGUAACUGAAGAGAAUGUUAACAAGAUGGAGUCGAUUCAAAAGUACCUUGGAGCAACAAACUGUAUAGCAGGUGUCAGAGUUGAAUCUACAAAGAAAGUUAUGAGCAUCUAUGAAGCCAAGACCAAAGGCCUGCUGACUCCUGGCACAUCUCUUGUGCUACUGGAGGCCCAAGCAGCAACUGGUUUUGUUAUUGACCCAGUGAACAACAAGAAACUUUCAGUGGAGGAAGCCGUGGCUCAGGGAGUGGUUGGCAGUGAGUGGAAAAACAAACUGCUUUCAGCAGAAAGGGCAGUUACAGGAUACAAAGAUCCCUACACUGAAGAGACAAUAUCUUUGUUCCAAGCCUUGAAAAAAGAUCUCAUUGUCAAGGAUCAUGGAAUUCGCCUUCUUGAAGCACAAAUCGCCACAGGAGGCAUAAUUGAUCCAGUUCACAGCCAUCGCGUACCUGUACAGGUGGCAUACCAAAGAGGUUACUUUGAUGAGGAAAUGAACCAGAUUUUGUCUGAUCCUGAUGAUGACACCAAGGGCUUCUUUGAUCCCAACACUCAAGAGAAUCUCACCUAUCUCCAGCUGGUGGAGAGAUGUGUCACUGAUCCCAUUACAGGCCUCAACUUACUGUCAAUUGUAAAGAAGGGCGAGUUUUAUUUCUUUGUUGAUGAGGCUACAAAGCUCAUUCUGAAAUCUACAACAACAACCAGAGCAGGUGGGAAAUACCAAGGAACAACAGUGUCUCUGUGGGAUCUACUCUACUCCAAAUACAUCACUGAGGAGAAGAGGAGAGAGCUUGUGCAACAGUACAAGUCUGGAUCCAUCAGUGUUGAACGCUUCUUAGAAAUCAUCCUGACAAUCAUUCAACAACAGACAGAAACAACCUCAUCAACCGUCAUGUCACAACCACCAGAAACAAGAGUGGACAGCAGCACAACAAAAACCACCAUCACCACCACAACAAUUACAGAGACAAGUGAGGUUCCAAAGUUCCAUGGAAUCAGGAAGGAUGUCACUGCUACUGAGCUGCUUGAAUCAAAAAUCAUCAAUGAGGACCUCUACAAAAAUCUCAGCUCUGGAAAAGUCACAGUGACAGAAGUAAGUGAAAUGGACUCAGUGCGUAAAUACCUUGAGGGAACCAACAGCAUUGCAGGUGUGUACCUGCAGUCCACCAUGGAGACCCUGAGUAUCUAUGAAGCCAAAAGCAAAGGCCUGCUGACUCCUGGUACUUCUCUGGUUCUGCUGGAGGCCCAAGCGGCCACUGGCUUUGUCAUUGAUCCAGUGAACAACAAGAAACUUUCAGUAGAGGAAGCUGUGGCUCAGGGAGUGGUUGGCAGUGAGUGGAAAAACAAACUGCUUUCAGCAGAAAGGGCAGUUACAGGAUACAAAGAUCCCUACACUGGAAACACAAUAUCUUUGUUCCAAGCCUUGAAAAAAGAUCUCAUUGUCAAGGAUCAUGGAAUUCGCCUUCUUGAAGCACAAAUUGCCACAGGAGGGAUAAUUGACCCAGUGUACAGUCACAGAGUGCCUGUGCAAGUGGCAUAUGAGAGAGGUUACUUUGAUGAGGAAAUGAACCAGAUUUUGUCUGAUCCUGAUGAUGACACCAAGGGUUUCUUUGAUCCCAACACUCAAGAGAAUCUCACCUAUCUCCAGCUGGUGGAGAGAUGUGUCACUGAUCCCAUUACAGGCCUCAGCUUACUGGUCAUUGUGAAGAAGGGCGAGUUUUAUUUCUUUGUUGAUGAGGCUACAAAGCUCAUUCUGAAAUCUACAACAACAACCAGAGCAGGUGGGAAAUACCAAGGAACAACAGUGUCUCUGUGGGAUCUACUCUACUCCAAAUACAUCACUGAGGAGAAGAGGAGAGAGCUUGUGCAACAGUAUAAGUCUGGAUCCAUCAUGGACAGCAGCACAACAAAAACCACCAUCACCACCACAACAAUUACAGAGACAAGUGAGGUUCCAAAGUUCCAUGGAAUCAGGAAGGAUGUCACUGCUACUGAGCUGCUUGAAUCAAAAAUCAUCAAUGAGGACCUCUACAAAAAUCUCAGCUCUGGAAAAGUCACAGUGACAGAAGUAAGUGAAAUGGACUCAGUGCGUAAAUAUCUUGAGGGAACCAACAGCAUUGCAGGAGUGUACCUGCAGUCCACCAAGGAGACCCUGAGUAUCUAUGAAGCCAAAAGCAAAGGCCUGCUGACUCCUGGUACUUCUCUGGUUCUGCUGGAGGCCCAAGCGGCCACUGGCUUUGUCAUUGAUCCAGUGAACAACAAGAAACUUUCAGUAGAGGAAGCUGUGGCUCAGGGAGUGGUUGGCAGUGAGUGGAAAAACAAACUGCUUUCAGCAGAAAGGGCAGUUACAGGAUACAAAGAUCCCUACACUGGAAACACAAUAUCUUUGUUCCAAACCUUGAAAAAAGAUCUCAUUGUCAAGGAUCAUGGAAUUCGCCUUCUUGAAGCACAAAUCGCCACAGGAGGCAUAAUUGAUCCAGUGUCACAGUCCAUCAGAGUACCUGUGCAAGUGGCAUAUCAGAGAGGUUACUUUGAUGAGGAAAUGAACCAGAUUUUGUCUGAUCCUGAUGAUGACACCAAGGGCUUCUUUGAUCCCAACACUCAAGAGAACCUCACCUAUCUCCAGCUGGUGGAGAGAUGUGUCACUGAUCCCAUUACAGGCCUCAGCUUACUGGUCAUUGUGAAGAAGGGCGAGUUUUAUUUCUUUGUUGAUGAGGCUACAAAGCUCAUUCUGAAAUCUACAACAACAACCAGAGCAGGUGGGAAAUACCAAGGAACAACAGUGUCUCUGUGGGAUCUACUCUAUUCCAAAUACAUCACUGAGGAGAAGAGGAGAGAGCUUGUGCAACAGUAUAAGUCUGGAUCCAUCAGUGUCGAACGCUUCUUAGAAAUCAUCCUGACAAUCAUUCAACAACAGACAGAAACAACCUCAUCCUCAUCAAUCUUCCAUGGAAUCAGGAAGGAUGUCACUGCUACUGAGCUGCUUGAAUCAAAAAUCAUCAAUGAGGACCUCUACAAAAAUCUCAGCUCUGGAAAAGUCACAGUGACAGAAGUAAGUGAAAUGGACUCAGUGCGUAAAUACCUUGAGGGAACCAACAGCAUUGCAGGAGUGUACCUGCAGUCCACCAAGGAGACCCUGAGUAUCUAUGAAGCCAAAAGCAAAGGCCUGCUGACUCCUGGUACUUCUCUGGUUCUGCUGGAGGCCCAAGCGGCCACUGGCUUUGUCAUUGAUCCAGUGAACAACAAGAAACUUUCAGUAGAGGAAGCUGUGGCUCAGGGAGUGGUUGGCAGUGAGUGGAAAAACAAACUGCUUUCAGCAGAAAGGGCAGUUACAGGAUACAAAGAUCCCUACACUGGAAACACAAUAUCUUUGUUCCAAACCUUGAAAAAAGAUCUCAUUGUCAAGGAUCAUGGAAUUCGUCUCCUUGAAGCACAAAUUGCCACAGGAGGCAUAAUUGAUCCAGUGUCACAGUCACAGAGUGCCUGUGCAAGUGGCAUAUGAGAGAGGUUACUUUGAUGAGGAAAUGAACCAGAUUUUGUCUGAUCCUGAUGAUGACACCAAGGGCUUCUUUGAUCCCAACACUCAAGAGAACCUCACCUAUCUCCAGCUGGUGGAGAGAUGCA